AAUGAUCAAUACACGCUAAUAACUUCAAAUCAUUUUAACAAACCCAUAUUUCUGGACUUGUAAUAUGUAAAAUAUGUCAUGUAGUAGCACUUUUCUGUAGUUUAAUUGUUUAUAAUUCAUAACAUAGUAACAGGUACCCUACACUUUCAAUUAUACAUUGCAUUAAAACUAAAAAUUGCCAAUGACACUGCCCACAUCCCUGUGGGCUACACAGUAGAUGUCUGUGGAGGUGGGUAUGGGUAGCUUUAAGCUGCAGAGGGAGAGGUGAGGGAGUUGCUCAGGUGAGCAGCAUCAAGGAGAGAUAAUUGGCACAGCUGAACCCGGUUAACUAAUUAUUCUCUCCUUAAAUACAGCAGCAUGCUGGACAAGGGAGAAGAAGAGAGGCGGUUGGAGAGCGGACGGAAGAAGAGAAAGAAAGAACAAAAGAAAUGAACAUACACUGAAUCCCCGGUGUCAGCGUGGUGUCUCAGGGCCAAGAGGAACUCACGGUAGCACGAUUACGCUACAAUUGGCGCCCAACGUAACUUAGCUCUGAGAUUACUAUGACUGAUCUGCAGCAAGUGCAGCCGGUGGCGAUGCUGGCCCAGAUGCUGGGUGAAAUCGUGGCGAUGCACCAGGAGCAGGCGGCGGGGAAUAGGCAGCAGCUGGAAAGGAUGCAGUUACAGGCAGAUAAGCAGACCCAGCUGCUGGCAAGCCUGGUGUCCCAGCCGGGGGCCGCACUACCGCCAUCCCCACCACUCGCCCUCUCUGGCAUCACCCUCCACAAGAUGUCGGCGGCGGAUGACCCCCAGUCAUUCCUGGAAAUGUUCGAGGCGACGGCAGUGGCAUGCGGAUGGCCGGCGACAGAGUGGUCUGUGCGGCUGCUGCCACUGCUCUCCGGGGAAGCGCAGACAGCGGCGCUAGGACUCCCGGCCGCCGCGCGGCAGAGCUUCCCUUACGUGAGGAGGGCCGUGCUAGAUCGGCUGGGAUUCUCCAGCGAAGAUCACCGCCGCCGGUUCUGGAGCAUGAGGCUGGGGCCCGCGGAUCGCCCGUUCGUCUACGCACAGCAACUGAGAGAUGCAGCGACGAAGUGGCUGCAGCCAGGGGAAUCCUCGGAGGAGGGGCGGCUGAUAGACGCGAUUAUUAAGGAGCAAUUCGCGGAGGGGCUCCCUACCGGGGUGGCCGAGUGGGUGAAUUGCCACCACCCCAUGGAUCUGACGGCGGCGGUCACACUGGCAGAGGAUUACCUGGCUGUACACCCCCGAAGCCAGACAUCGCAGGACUGCCCCCUGGAGGCUGCCGGGCCAACACCAGCACCGCGGAAAAGGGGCAUGGGGCCGCUGCAAGGGCCACCUGCACGUCCCAGCCCCAUGCCACGCGCUAACCCUCUCUCUUCUCUCUCUUUUUCCCAGCUGCUACAGUUGCGGCUCACGACCUGCAGGGGGCUCCUCGAACGCUGGGGCAGGAGUGCUGGAGGUGUGGGCAGCCCGGACACUGCCGACGUGACUGCCCACUCAUGGAGGUCGGACAAGUGAUUUGGGUUGCCGGCUCUCCAACACCCUCCCCCGGCCCAGGGGCGACAUACUGUGUUCCGACUGAUGCGUCGAACAGGGGAGUGGGGGCCGUUUUGUCCCAGCAGGUGCAGGGUGUUGACCGCCCGGUCGUAUACAUCAGCCGGAAGCUGUCAGAGCGGAAGGCCAGGUACAGUACGAUCGAAAAAGAGUGCCUGGCCAUCCGGUGGGCAGUCGAGGGUAUGACCAUGGCCCCCUCCAGUGGCUCCACCGCAUGAAGGAUGCCAACGCCCGGAUCACAUGGUAGCACGAUUACGCUACAAUGUCAUUCUUGUUUUACACACCUAUAUUAUUGCACAACAUGUUGUAUAUUAGAAAUACAAGUAUCUCUACAUAAUUAUUAUUUAUAUACAAAGUGAUAUUUAUGCUACACAUAGCUGUCUUUUUUUAAUUACGUUACAUCUAAGACGUCAAAUACGUAAUGUGUUUGUUUAUAUAUCAUGUAUUUAUAUACGAUGUGUUAGUUAGUUUGACAUUUUGAGAAUAAGGAAAUUAAAUCACACACAACUACAAUAAAGGUUUAUGAUAAAUGUCCAUCUCUCCUCAGUACAGAAGUAACGAGUGAUGCUAACCAAGUAAGCGCUGAAACGAGUAGUUAACUCGCUAGCGUUAGCAGCUAAAAAUGCUAAUGAUGAAAUUUGAUACAAAUUUCCAUUAAGCAUUGUUUAAUUCAUUUUACGUACACCGAAUUAAACAGCGGACCAGACACAUUUGCAAUAUGGUUUCUGAUAUAUUUAUGAACCCGUGUUAAGUUUGCCUUUUUACAAGUUGGUCUUAAUUUACCGAUUUUUUAAGCCCGGUUUGACGUCAUGCUCUUUCCUGCCGAGCUAACGUUAGCUUAGCUCAUCAGGCUAACGCAACAGACACAGAACCAGUGAUUUAGCUAAAAGCACAACAUAA